GUUCAAUCUCCAUUACUUUUAUUUAAAUAUUUUGGAUAUAAUGGCCCGUGAAAUUUAACUUUGAUCCUGAUUUUCUACCAAAUUCCCUACAAGACCCAAAUCCGUUCAGGAUUAUUCUAAUUAAGUUCAAUUUUAGGGAAUGUUUUCAUUAAAUGGCUGGGAACUUUUGUGGGGAAACUCUAAUCUAAUUUGUGUGAUUGUCCAUGAGCUGCCAUUUUUCUCAUGCUGCCUUCUUUUAAGUAGAGCAUCAGAAACUAUGCUAUCACUCAUGAAAUCAAAGUCAAUCGUUUUGGUUGGAACUUGGAAGCAUUCUGACUUACUCCAGUAUCAUGUACUGGUGUUGUCUACCGUGUAAACUUGAAAUGUUCAUUCUGUAGUGGCUCCAGCUAGCCACAGCAUGUGGAAUAUUGCUUCCAAUUGUAUAGCCGGAAGUAUGGGCCUGAAGCACGAUGUUCUGAAGCCAACACAGGAUGCAAUGGAUUGCUCAGAUGAUGGAGUUUCGUCCAUCAGCAGCAGAGAGGAGGGACUGGAAUGCCCGAUAUGCUGGGAAUCCUUUAACCUUGUUGAAAACAUACCCUAUGUCUUAUGGUGUGGUCAUACAUUAUGUAAAAACUGCAUCCUGGGGCUACAAUGGGCUGUUGUGAAAUUUCCUACUUUACCUGUCCAGCUUCCGCUCUUCAUAUCUUGCCCCUGGUGCAAUCUCUUAUCACUCCGUCUGGUUUACAGGGGAAACCUCAAAUUUCCUCGUAAAAACUUCUUUCUUCUCUGGAUGCUCGAGAGCAUGAAUGGUGACAGAGUAAAAUCUCACUCUUCCACAUGUGGAGAUCAUCAGUCCGUUUGGUCAUCUAGCACGAAAGCACCUGGAAGCCAUACAGGGAACUCUGACCACUGGAGGGGACAGAAUAUUCAUCAUUCUGAGCAUUUGGGAUCCAGAUCAAGUCACAAUGGUCAUCAAUUCAACGGUUCUCUUGCUAUUGAGAGACUGCAUUCAUCCCUCAGAAAGUCUCUAGUUUUCUUUGUUCACUUGACAGCCAAGUUUCCCCUGAUCCUCAUUUUUCUUCUCAUCAUUCUAUACGCAAUACCUGCAAGUGCAGCCAUCUUGGCCCUAUACAUACUCAUCACAGUUCUCUUUGCUCUCCCAUCUUUUCUCAUUUUGUACUUCGCAUAUCCGAGUUUGGAUUGGCUUGUGAGGGAGAUUAUCACUUGAGGUGCCUUGACUUUGCUUUUUCCUGAUCACAUAUGAAUUCACUAUUGCACCACUACAACGUGCAGUUCUUUAAGUUGUGAACCCCAUCACAAUGUCGUGGUUUUGCUGCUAUUACACUUGUAAGAACUCCUCCACGUCUUGUGCUCGCUCUGUUAGGUUAGUAUAUUAUUGUGUUUUUUAAAAUUGGCUGCAUUUACCAAUCAUUGUUCUUCUCUGUGUACAAUGGUAAUUCUAGCAAGAAUAUUUGUUGGGCAUGAUUAUACUGCAUCAUGGCCUGCACAAUCUCGGUUGAAUAUACAUUUAUAUGCCUUUGUUGAUUUCUUCCAA